AUGAGAUCUCUACUAGCCUUGAUAUUUCUCACUGUUGUACUAUCCACAACUGCCCAGUUGGGUUACGGACCCAUCUACCGUCCAUCAUAUGGUCCAUACGGUCGGCCUCUAGGCCCUCACCUUGGUUAUGAACCCUAUAGAUUUCCUUAUCGUCCCUAUAGUCGGCGCAGAAAUGCAAUACGAGGAGCUGUGACUGGAGCUUUAAUUGGUGCUGCUCUUGGUGGAUGA